AUUUACAAAUUUAGCAAGCAGUGAGGAAACUUCUGCAGACUCCUUGUGGGCUGAAAACUACAAGAGGAGAGUCAGCUCUCAGCUUGAUCUACCAGAAGCCUGAUCCAACAUUUCUGUUGCAGGAAAUGGUACUGGACAAAAUGAGGUCUUCUGAAGGAACCUGUUACUUUCUCCUCAUCUUGGUGGUGGCUGAACUGCUUCCCGGUUCAUCCUGUGGCAAUAAUCCCCGUUACGAGAAGUUCCUGAACCAACACCGGGAUGAUCCGAAGAGCAGCUUCCGCGGCCGAUACUGUGACUCGAUCAUGUCCAGACGUGGCCUGACCAGACCCGAGUGCAAGGAAGUCAACACCUUCAUCCAUGGCUCCAAAAGAGAUAUCCAGGCGGUGUGUGCUGGAGGAGGAGUGCCCUAUAGGAACCUGACACGCAGCCAACAUCACUUCAGAGUGACCACUUGCACCCUCAGGGGUGGCUCAACCCGUCCACCGUGUGAGUACAGAGAAGACACCUCUCCCCGGUACAUCGUCAUUGCUUGUGUAAACGGUUGGCCUGUACACUACGAUGAAAGCCAGAUAGUGACAACUGUGUGACAGAAAAUGGGACACAACAGCACAUAUCCAUCUGGUAGCAUUCCUUUUCCUUAAUGAUGCUGUGUUGUUUAUCAGCUGAAGUCUUCCAGAAACACAAUAAAAAUGGAGACUAGGUACAUUUAAUGGUUUCCUUAUAUGUAUCCCAUGUAGCCAUCCCUUCUUUUUAUUGUUAUGCGUUUACUUCUUAUUCCUUCCUGUUUUUUUGUAUUACUCCAAUUUCCAAACAAAAUAUUGAUUGUAAGCUCUUCGGGGCAGGGUCCCUUCUUUAACCCCUAUUAUUCCAUAGAGAGCUGUGCAUGUUGAGGAGAUUCUUAACAUUUUUCCCUUUUAAAAA